AUGACCCAAAGCUUCACGCGGAUACUUCUCCAGCUCGUCAAGCGUGUGGACAACAAAGUUUGCGCUGACUGCAAACAUAAUGAUCCGCGCUGGGCGCCAUGGAAUCUCGGCGUCUUUCUUUGCAUUCGCUGCUCUGGGAUACAUCGAGGAAUGGGGACUCACAUCAGCAAAGUCAAGUCUGUUGAUCUCGAUACCUGGACGCCAGAGCAAAUGGAGAGCAUCCAGAAAUGGGGAAAUAAGCGCGCAAAUCUGUACUGGGAGUUGAAACUCCAUGAUCCCUCAAUCCUGGACUCCGAGACCGCUGUGAUUGAGAGCGAGACCACCACCACCCCGCAAUCAACACCUGAUCCUGUCGGUUGGGCUGCUGCUGCUCCUUCACCUCCUCGUGCCUCCAACUCGACGGUCAACCGGCAACCACAGCCACGCCAGCUCUUGUCAACAGCAAGCAGCAGCUCCCGUCCCUCCUCCGCAACCCAUUCUUUUCUUUCUCAUCCGAUAUUCAAACUUAGACGAGCAGAUACCUAUGGUAUUGGAGACCCUGUCGAAGCGACUUUGGAUUUCGAGUUGGACGCAGAGGAAGUCUCGAAGCUACAUUCUCCUACCUCCAAUUAUCAACUCGGUCUCUUUUGCACGUCCUCGACGCUGUACUCUCCAUACUCACCCUCACACCCUGCCUUGCCAAUCGAGUUCCCUGCCACUUGUUUAAUUACGGUCAACGGACGACGACUCACCAACACUUAUCUCAAGCGCCGCGGCUUCAAGAACGCAAAAGGGUCAAUCGCUCCCCCCGACCUUUGCGCUGCUGGGUUCUUGCGGAUAGGCAACAAUUCGGUGUCAAUCGAGUAUACCGACAGCAUGCCGAAUCAUUGGGGAAUCGCGACAAAGGACAAGCGCGACAAAUUUUACAUUGUGGUUCAGCUUAUCGAGGCGCAACGUCUCAUGUCUCUGGUCAACACUUUGCGUGAAACACGGCUCGUGCCUGCUGAUGAAAUACGACGACAGAUGGUCGCGUCCAUGGCUACCAACGCCGACGAAGACAUUAUCUCCAGCUCGUUCAAGCUCCCUUUGAAGUGCCCUAUUAGCUCUGCCCGCAUUAUCGUGCCCUGUCGAUCAGCCAAAUGUGCGCAUUCGCAGUGCUUUGAUGCAGGGUCGUGGUAUGCGCUCAUGGAGCAGACAACUACUUGGUUUUGUCCAAUAUGUCAGAAAAUACUCGAUUGGCGAGAGCUCAUUGUCGACGGACUAUUCGCCGAGAUUCUGCAGCAAGCUCCGCAGGGCGUGGAUGAUGUCGUGUUGGAGGCGGAUGGAAGCUGGCGACCCUAUGAGGGGAGAUUCACAUUGCCAUCACGAUAG